UCAAUCAUGGCGGCGAACUUAAAUCCACCAUCACAUUUUUCACAACCGGUUGUCGGCAAGAAAGCUAAAGCAUCCGAUGGAUCCCAGCUCCGACCUCCAUCUUCCUUCGAGUUCAAGCAGGCGUCGGCAGAUCCAUGGAAGGCCUUGGCCAAAGCAAAAGGCAAAAUCAAUGAACUACAAGAAGAAAAUAAACAACUGCAGCUGCGCAGGACAAAACCACGUGAAGACUCCACUGUGGAUGCCCAUCGUGGACAAGUGCAUUCCUGCAACGUUCAACCAAGAGUGAUUGAAACCGUCUCAUCCACCAUGUCGCCUCACCACUACCAUCACCUGGAGCACACUGCAGACAUUCUAAGCAAGCAGGCCACCGAGCUCGCUCAGGUCAAGUCAGAGGUCAUGACUUUGAGAUCACAGAGAGAGUCACAGGUCAGGGAACUUGAGGAGAGACUAAGGAAGGCAGAAGUUAAAUACGUGACGGAGACUACGUCCUUAGCGAUGACCAAUAAGUGCCAAGAAGAGGAGCAUAGGAUGCAGAUAACUAUGAUGAAAACAAAGUACGAAGCAGAGACUUGUGAGAGGCAGGACAAGAUUGAGAGACUGGGGAAGGAACUAAGUAGAACACGGAUACGGCUUGAGAAGGAGACUAGUCAGCUGAAAGAGCAGUUGCAGACUAGUGAGGAUGAGAGAGAUCAAAUAGCGGCUGAUCUCAAGACUAGUAACCUGGAGAAGGAUUCCACCAUUGCAUCCUUGCAGAUACAGCUGAGUCAACUCAAGACGUAUAUAGGAGACACUCAGAGCACCAGCCGCACCACCUCACAAUGGCAGCUAGAGAUUGACAAACAACGCAAGAAGAUCAAAGAACUUGAGAGGGAUGUUGAGAACCAGAGGUCUGCUGUUCAGCUGCUGAAUGUCCGACUUUCUUCAGCCACUGAAAUCCUUACCAUACAGGAGUCUGAAUUAUCAAGGGUCAAAGGUGAAAGUGUAGACAAUGGGAAGAAGCUGCAGAUUCUUUUAACAAGGUGGCGAGAGAAAGUAUUUGAGCUUUUAGUUCAACUGAAAUCCCAAGAUAUAGUUGAAGAGACCAUCACAAGGAAUCAUAAAUGGCAGGUUGCUGAUUUGGACGAAAACAUCAUCAGUCUGCGGAAUAAAUGCCAGUUAUUGGAACAUACCAUUGCUGAUAGGGAUGCACAGCUUGAGCUGGAGAGGGUAGAAUUUCAGAGUCUUCAAGAGGAGUUGAUGUCAGUUCAACAGGUGGCUGAGUUACUUGAUUCCAAACUCAAUGGAUAUGAAGAGGCAGUGCCUAGACUAGCAUCCCUACUACAAAGUUUUCAGGUGACCCAUAAUGGACAUGAAGAGAAACUAAACACUGCAUCAGCCAAACUUGCCUCCUUCGAUCAUCGCGUCAGUUUCGCUGUCAGUCGCAUCAAUAUUUUAAAAGGGUUACUGGCUAGAAAGGAUGCAAUAAGGCGACUUGGAGAGGAGGACAAGUUAGUAAAUCAGUCGGAGCAGACUGUUGGAAAUAAGAUUGACGAGGGAGACAAGGACAGUGAGAGCAAUCGGUUGACGUACCAGGAGCUUGCCAUGGAGUUACAUCGAGUAACACACGAGCGUGACGCCCUAGCCACCAGAAUCAAACAAGACACAGAGACCAUGCAGCAGCAGUAUGACACCAUCAAGUCCAAAUUUGAAUCCAGACAAGAGCAAGAUGCCUCAAUGAUUCAGGAGUUACAACUUCAGGUUCAACAACAAUCAAAGAGUUUGGAGAGCAUAUCCACUAAACUGGACAGAGCUGAAACAGAGUGCCAAGAAUCAACUAAGUCAGCGAGUAAAUUAAAGAUGGAGCUUGCUAAAUUACAACUGACCACUGAUCGAGCAUCUGCUGAGAAGAUGGCGGCCAGGGAGUCUCAACUGACGGAUCAGCUGUUGGAGAUGGAGCACAAAGUCAACAAUGCAAGACGGGAACAAGCCAAAGCAGUUGUUUCCCUGAGACAUCUUGAGAGGCAGGUUGUGCGGGAGAGGGAGAGAUCAGCCGAGAUCUUGAAAACUCAAGAAGAGGAACUUCGAUUGGAGAUAGAGAGAUUAAGAUCUCAGCUCAGAGGGGCAGAGAAAGACUGCAAUCUACUCAUGGCAACACUUAAACAGGAAGGCCUGAUUGGACAGUUUAAAACACAGAGGGCAGUAUCUCGAAGAGUGGACGGUGAUGACGAGAAUUCAGAACCAACGGAGACCAUUCGAGAUUCAGCAAGAACGAGUCUGGCAGAACAGCCAACUAAACAGAAAGCGCCUUUAAGUGCAAUAUUAUCAGAUCUUCAAUCCCUUACUGCUGAAGUACUUAAGGAUGACGAAGGUGGCAGUAACCAUAGCGACGAGAACUCGGACAAAGGAUAGACUUGCCCCAAACCAAAGCCUUGUACCCUGUUGGUAAGUGUGGCCUAACUCCUGCAUGAAUCACGACUAGUUUAAAUAAACUGGCUUAAAGUUAGUAACUUUAAUUUUGUUAUUUAGCUAAGCAUGAGGCUCUUCCCAUUUCAAUCCGAUUUCUAGGUUUUGGUUAGAGUUUGUUUGACCUUUGGUGAAGCAGCAAGAUUGUUCUAAAGCCUUGUUCGCAUUGGACUUUUUGGGGGGUAGGCUAACCAAUAAAAAUUGGUAACUUGACCAUUUAAAGUCCAGUGUGAACAGCCCAGGAAAAUUUUACCCAGGUAACAUAACCGUGUCAAAUUGGUCUUGUCGACUUGUAACAUUCCAGUCUCAUGGCAAGAGACAGAACGUUUUGUAUUAUUUUUUUGUUUUGCCUUGGAGCUCCCUGAGGAUUGUUAAUUUACACAAAAUUAAUGAAAACAUUUAACAUAACUGAACAAAAUAGGAAGGUCAAGGUUAUUCAUAUUAUAAAACAUCAGCCAUCAUAGGGUUCCAACAUUGCAUCAUGAAAGUGGUGUUUUGUUUUAAAAAUCUUUGUGUAGUGGACGCCGUCUCCUUCAGCAAUAAGUGUCACUUACACAACCUGAUAGUUUUGGUACCCACCCAGUUUCACCUGCCUAAAAGCUUGCAUAGCGCCCUCGUGUGUUUAUAUUUAGCCAAUCAGUUUGUUUCACAAUAGGAGACUUUCCAACGCUAGGCGGCAGCAGACAUACCGGGUAAAUUUCCAUUGUUUACGUAGUU